AUGGCCGCCAUGGAAAGCAGCUACAUGCUGAAGCACAACAAGCGGGGCGUCAGCUUCAGCGAGAUGAACCUCUUCAACUGCAUGCACAAGGACGGCGUCUACACUGAUAAGAGCUGCCACAACGGCGGCGACGUGGCCGCCGUCUACCAGGCGGCCCGGGACCACGGCCUGGUGCUGACCAAAGAUGACGAGCCCUACAUGAGCAAGAUUAGCAGAACGGAUUCGAAUUUCACCUUUGUGUUCAAACCGAAGCACUGCGACAUCAAGCCGGUGGUGACGCGCCUCCAAAACUGGGGCAGCAUCUCCGAGGUGAACGGCCCCCAGCGGGAGAACAUCCUCAAGAGCCUGCUCCUAAAGUACGGCCCCCUGACGACUUACUUCCGCGCCGACAAGGCCUUCAUGGCGCUCACCGGCGAGUGGAACCGGCCCUGCAACCAGUCGGUGGCCAUCAACCACGUCAUGACCGUCAUUGGCUGGACUAAAAAGCACUGGAUCAUGAAGAACAGCUACGGCAACUACCCGAAGAUAGUGCUGCCAAAGAACGAAUGGGGCGAGGAGGAGGGUGAGGCACCGCAAACCUGGUUCCUGCCCUUUGGA